CUGUUACUACUAGACUGGAAAGAUGGUAGUGACUAAUGCAGCAGCAGUGGUAGAUGAAAGAGGUGUGCAACAUAGGAAAGAAGAAGAGUAUACAGAAGACGGUACUGUGGAUCUCAAGGGAAGACCUGUUCUUCGAUCUAAAGGUGGGAGAUGGAAAGCUUGUUAUUUCAUUGUAGCUUACGAGGCAUUCGAAAGGUUGUCAUUUUAUGGUAUCUCCUCAAAUUUAAUUAUAUAUUUAUCGCAAAAUCUCCACCAAGGCACUGUGAGUUCAUCGAAUAAUGUCACUAAUUGGGUUGCUACUACAUGGAUGACACCAAUUAUUGGUGCAUUUAUUGCUGAUGCUUAUUUGGGUCGGUAUUGGACUUUCCUCGUCGCAUCUGCCAUUUAUCUCUUGGGAAUGAUCCUACUUACUCUGUCAGUUUCAGUGCCUGGAUUGAAGCCACCUACAUGUGGACAUGGGAUAGCUGCAAAAGAUUGUACCUUACAAGCUUCUAAAUUUCAAGUUGGCAUCUUUUAUGCAGCACUCUACAUAAUUGCAGUAGGAACCGGUGGGACUAAGCCCAACAUAUCCACAAUGGGAGCGGAUCAGUUCGAUGAUUCAGAGCCUAAUGAAAGAAAAUUAAAGUUAUCUUUUUUCAAUUGGUGGAGUUUUAGCAUUUUCAUUGGAACUCUUGGAGCAAACACAUUCCUCGUAAUUAUACAAGACAAAGUAGGCUGGGGAUUGGGAUUCGGCGUACCGACAGUUGGAAUAGCUAUUGCUAUUAUAAUCUUCUUGAUUGGGACCCCAUUUUAUAGGCACAAACCUGCCACUGGCAGUCCAUUUGCUAAAAUGUAUAACGUUAUGAUUGCAGCCUUCCAGAAACGAAAAGUACCAUAUCCUAGUGACCCUAAAGAACUUCAUGAGGUAAGCUUAGAUGAGUACACCAAGGGAAAAAUCAGAGUCGAACAUACCAAUUCGAUAAGGAUACUUGAUAAGGCUGCUAUAAAGACUAACAACAAAGCACAUAAACUCUGCACGGUGACCCAAGUGGAAGAAAUCAAACAACUAAUGAAAAUGCUACCGGUUCUAGUCACAACUUUCAUACCUAGUGUCAUGUACGCACAGAUAAACACCCUUUUUGUCAAACAAGGCACAACUCUAGAUAGGAGAAUGGGUCCGCAUUUCAAUUUGCCUCCAGCAUGUAUGACAGCAGUCGUGACAACUACCAUGUUGAUAAGUCUCGUGGUGUACGAUCGUUGCAUCGUGCCAUUCAUUAAACGAUACACAAAAAAUCCAAGAGGAUUAUCUUUGUUGCAGAGAAUGGGAAUCGGCUAUUGUUUCCACGUCCUUGUCAUGUCGGCUGCUGCUCUAAGUGACCGAAAGAGAUUGAGUGUAGCAAUGGAGCGCGGGACUAUAUCUAAAGAUGAAACCAUCCCUUUAACUAUAUUUAUACUUCUUCCACAAGCUAUAUUAAUGGGUAUUGCUGAUGCUUUGGUGUUAGUUUCGCAACUCGAGUUCUUCUAUGACCAAGCACCAGAAGGAAUGAAAAGCCUCGGAAGUUCGUAUUAUUCUACUAGUAUGGGAGUCGGAAAUUUCCUUAGUAGCUUCAUCUUAUCCACAGUGUCAAAACUUACAAAGAAGAGUGAAAACGAAGGGUGGAUAGUUGAUAAUUUGAACGUGUCACAUAUUGAUAACUACUACUGGUUUUUUACAGGAUUAAAUGUGCUCAAUCUAAUUGCUUUUUUGAUCGUUGCCAAGUUUUAUGUCUAUAGAGCUGACACAACGGAGUUGAAAGCCAACGAUAUGCAACCAGGCGCGGAGAUGCAGGACGCUACUGUUCUUUCGAUAGAAAAAUAAGCUUGUUGGAUAGGAAGUUAAGAGAUUUAUUAUGAUUAACUAGUUAAUGUAGUUUUCUUUAUGUGUCCCCUAUAACAUUUUUG